GGGCCUGAGUGGCAAAACUCGUCGUGGAAGCGCUGGUGGCGACCAGGAAUGGCGAGGCGGAGCAGAGGCCAUCAACGAGAGGAGAGGUCGCGAGGUGGAUGAGAGGCGGCGCAUUGGGUCAGGACUCUGGAGAGGAAGAAUCGGGGCGCAGGGCCGCUGGAUUUGCAUCCAGGCGGCGGGCGGCGGCGGCGGCAGGCAGGCGCGAGGAGGGCGACGAUGCUGCAGUCGGCUAGAGCCUAGAGGCCCCACAGAUGGGUGGUGAGGGUGGAGGUCCGGACGACGCGGGGGCCGUUGCUCCGCCCCUACUUCAAAAACCGGCAUCUCCCUCCCUCGACGGUCCAUGCCGCGCCAUCGAGGCCGUCGAUCCUGAUCUCACCCGCGACGCGCGCUGGAAAAGCACAUCUGCCGCCGCCGCCGCCGCCGCGCGCUGAGAUGCCGAUCCUCCGCCCGAUUUCUCGUCUCCUCCGACGACCUGGCGUCGCCACCUAUCACGGCCGAAUGCGCCGCCUCUCCCCUACCUUGCGAUCUCCCCUCUCUUUCAUGGCCUCUGCUCCGCCUAGCCGGUCGCCGCCAGCGCUUGCACGACGAGCUUUCCCUCCCAUGGCGGCUCCCGAUCCAGCUGCCCGUCGUGUUUCCCGAUUUCCUCCUGGAUCCCGGAGCAUGGCCAGCACCAGUGGAUUCAAAGCUGACGAGUCUGGUAAACCAGGUAAGGCAUUGCUCAUCUCUUCUACCAACGAUCACUCUGCCAUCAACCAAGGCAUGGAAAACGUAGAGACGGGUGGCACAUCCUUGGAGGCUAUAGAUGGUGUAGCUGGCAAACAUGGUGCAUUGGCAAAACUUGUGGACAUCUAUGGCCGUGAUGAAACUGGAAGGAGCACAACCAUGGAUACAAAGGGGGCUGACAAAAAACGAAUUGUGGCUCCCAUGGAUUUACUUCCAAAAAGCAGACACCGUGAUGGUUCUGUGUUCAGGGGCACUCAUUCGUGGAAAAGUGAGUAUAAUAUUGCAGACCGUAAUGAGACUCGGUUGCCAGAUCCCACAGAUUGUAUAAUCCAUAACGGAAAAUGCAGUCGGCAUAAUCCUAAUCGCCUGUUACAAAUUUUCUCAAUAAAGCUGGCUAAACUUACUGUGGCUGUUGGCUCAGUAGAGUUGUAUGGAUACAUAGCAGUGCGGGAUGGCCUGGAUCCAUUGCUUAAUUAUGUUGUCAAUAUAAGCAGGGAUGAUCCCAUCAUCGUGAAGCAGGGUUCUCUCAUCAACAUGGUUGGCCCUAAGCGAGGGAUAGAUAUGUAUUCCACUAUUCUAGUGGAGUAUGACAUGAGAAUCAAGGCAGGCAAAGUAGCAAAUGAUGAUCACCAGCUGAUUGAUGGUGUAUCAACCCUAAGCGACCUCCAGGGCACCUGGAAUCGUGCAUUCGAAAAACGCAUCGAUGGUGAUUGUGGGGCGGUUGACUUAGUUCUAGCACGUAUCCAUGAUGCGGUCCUGGCGAAUGUGGAAGUUGUCGUAUCAGAAGUGCAGAACAGUUUCAAUCUGUGUCUCCGAUGUUUCAUUGGUGGUUAUGAAAAAGAAAUCCGGCUCUUUGAUGGUGCCAUUGGUGAGUCACGGGGCCUAAAGAGGUCAGUGGUUGCUGCAUUACAUGGUUCCACUAUGGAUUUGAAUUUCGAGGUUGCCUCGGAGCCAUCCGGUUCAGGGGAGCACUGUUGUUCCUUCACGGCGGACACGCAUGGAGUUGAUACUCGAGAGAUAAAGACUGAGUUUGGGUUGAUCUCAGUGAAGGUGGCUUGGUCGACUCUGCUUUCCAGCAAUUUUAUUACAAGUGCUUGAAUGAAGUUUGUAUAAAUGUUGUGUCUGAGGAAUGGGCCAAGACCUGGCCAGCAGUCUAGUUUGAGUCGUGGACACCUGUUGAAUUGUUACUGGUUAACAUGUUUCACUACUAUUACCUCACAAGCAUAGCCAUUCGGGGCACAUACCUGUA